GUACUAGCGACAAGAUGCAAAACGUUGGAAAUACCAUUUCAGGGAUUUGACCAAGUACUAGUAAGCCGCACCAAACCAGCGCCAUUUUCCUCGCCACGCGUGUUGCUUUGCCCAGGUCCAAGUGUGAUUAGAAUUGGCCAGCUCCGCGUCCUGCCUCGCUCUUCAUUCCUUCAUCUCCACCGCCGGGCGCCGCUCAUCUUCCACUUCCAGGGGGGCAGCACCGCAGCGGAGAACGCCACGAACUGAAGCACAUCACCGGGAUCGGAAAAAGGUCGGUCUUUUGCCGUUUUGGCCGGGGGCAGAGGAGGGAGGAGAUGGCCAAGGGGGAGAGGGAGGGGCGGCUCCCCCUCUUGCUGCUGCUGCUCGUCUUGUGCCUCUUGGCGCAGUCCAGGAUCGCCGCCGCCGCCACCCACCCACAGGAUGCGGCUGCUCUCAAAUCCUUGAUGAGGAAAUGGUCAAAUGUGCCUGCUAGCUGGAGGAAGAAAUCGAACGAUCCUUGCGGCGACAGAUGGGAUGGAAUCGAAUGCAAUGGUGCCAACUCAAGGGUUACAUCACUAAAUCUUUUUGGCAUGAACAUGAAAGGCACUCUCAGUGAUGAUAUAGGAAGCCUGACUGAGCUUAGGGUCCUGGAUUUAUCCUCAAAUAAAGACCUAGGCGGUCCACUUACACCUGCCAUUGGGGAAUUAGUUCAGCUUAUAAAUUUAGCAUUAAUAGGUUGCAGUUUCAGCGGUACUGUUCCAAGUGAACUAGGCAACCUGGCACAACUCGAAUUCUUCGGUCUGAACUCAAACCAAUUCACGGGCAGAAUCCCGCCCUCACUGGGCAAGCUCUCCAAGGUUAAAUGGCUGGACCUAGCUGAUAACAAGUUAACCGGACUUCUCCCAAACUCAAGGGACAAUGGUGCUGGAUUGGACCAGCUUCUUAAUGCAGAGCACUUCCAUCUUAACCAGAAUUCUCUAGAAGGUCCUAUCCCAGAAUAUAUGUUCAACUCCAGCAUGAACCUCAAGCAUAUACUUCUGGACAGGAACAAUUUGAGUGGAACUAUCCCAUCAUCUAUUGGGCUAAUCCCAACACUUGAAGUACUUCGUCUAAAUAACAAUAACUUCACAGGCCGAGUUCCGGCUAUGAAUAACCUGACUAAGCUCCAUGUUCUAAUGCUGUCAAAUAACAAGCUAAGUGGACCAAUGCCGAAUUUGACUGAUAUGAAUGGUCUUGGAAAUGUGGAUCUAAGCAAUAACAGCUUCACGCCUUCUGGUGUUCCAAGUUGGUUUACAGAAUUGCCCGGAUUAAUGACCCUUACAAUGCAGUCGGUUGGGAUUUCUGGGAAACUACCACAGAAGCUUUUCGGCUUGCGUGAUUUGCAACAUGUAAUAUUGAAUGAUAAUGAACUGAAUGAUACGCUUGACAUGGGCAAUAACAUCAACGAUGGACUAGACCUUGUCGACUUGCGGAACAACAAAAUUACCUCAGUUACAGUGUACAGCAGCCUUGACAGCAAGCUUCUCAAGCUUGAAGGAAACCCACUCUGCACCGACUCUCUUCUGUCAAACACGCUGCUCUGCACCGACCAGCUAGCCGAAUUUCCAAUCAUGCUACCCUUCUCUGAUGUACAGUGUCCACAUCCAUUUGUUGAAACCAUAUUCUUCCGUUCUCCUUCCUUUGGCGAUGUCAGAAAGUUCCUUCCUGAACUGCACGACAACCUGUCGAGAACAGUGAGCAGUUGUACCCCGAACAAGCUAGGUUUGGUACCAUACGUUGAUGACGUGUACCUGAAAGUGGACAUCAAGGCGUGCCCAGUAAACCAGAAGAGGUUCAAUUACUCUCAGGUGCUCAACUGCUUUAAUCUGACACUUCAGACUUACAAGCCACCGGAGAACUUUGGACCUUACUAUGUGAAAUCACAUCCUUAUCCGUUCCACGACAAAGCUUCUCGAGCUAUUUUGAUUGGUGUCGUGACUGGCUCUGUUCUUUUGGUUGUCGGGCUCGCGCUGAUUGGACUUUACGCCGUGCGCCAAAAGAAACGGGCUAAGAUGCUUGUCUCCCAGAAUAAUCCUUUUGCUUCAUGGGGAUCAACGCCGGAAGAUAUUGGUGAAGCGCCAAAACUCAAGAGCGCUAGAGCCUUCACACUGGAAGAGCUCAAGCUUAGCACAAACGACUUCAAACAAAUCAAUGCAAUUGGAGAAGGAGGCUAUGGAACGGUGUACCGAGGAAAACUUCUGGAUGGACAGCUCAUAGCCAUCAAGAGGUCCAAGCAAGGGUCCAUGCAGGGUGGGCUUGAGUUCAAGACAGAAAUCGAGCUCCUUUCGAGGGUGCAUCACAACAACUUGGUUGGGCUAGUUGGUUUCUGCUUCGAGAAGGGCGAAAAGAUGCUGGUUUACGAGUUCAUAUCCAAUGGAACUCUAAGUGAGGCGUUAUAUGGUAUGAAAGGAGUACAAUUGGAUUGGAGUAUGAGACUUCAAAUAGCUCUAGAUUCAGCUAGAGGGCUAGCUUACCUCCAUGACCAUGCCAAUCCUCCAAUCAUUCAUAGAGAUAUCAAGUCCACCAACAUUCUCCUUGAUUCGAAGAUGACCGCAAAGGUUGCAGAUUUUGGCCUCUCCUUGUUGGUAUCAGACAGCGAGGAAGGCGAGCUGUGCACAAAUGUCAAGGGAACACUGGGUUACCUAGAUCCAGAGUACUACAUGACGCAGCAACUUACGGCGAAGAGCGAUGUCUACAGCUUCGGCGUGGUACUACUAGAGCUCAUAGUAGCCAAGCCACCUAUAUACGAGAAGAAGUACAUUGUCCGUGAGGUGAAGACGGCACUAGACAUGGAAGACACCAUGUACUGUGGGCUGAAGGAUGUGAUGGACCCAGUUCUCUACAAAAUGGGGGGCCUCCUAGGAUUCCCAAGGUUCGUGACGAUGGCACUGCAAUGCGUGGAGGAGGUGGGACCUGACCGCCCGAAGAUGAACAAUGUGGUGAGGGAGAUCGAGAUGAUAAUGCAGGACAACGGGCUCACACCCGGUUCGAUGUCGGCAAGCUCGUCGUUCAGCGUGGACUCGACAACAAGGACGUUUGCACCAAGGUAUCCGUACUCCAGCACAUCGACGCCGUCCACGACGUAUCAGAUGGACAGCAGGGCCUUUGAGUACAGUGGGGGUUUCCCUUCUCAGGGCAGCUUGAAGAACAGGAACACAUCCCCUAAACCUCGAAGCUCCCGGGAACGGGGGCUUCCUGGUUGAUCGAGGCUGCUGGGUGUGCGGUGGGCCCCAUUUGUAUGUGUUUAGUACGCUGUUGUUGACUCCUUGGUCGGUCGUUUUUUUUAUUCGUGUCAGUUGUGUAUUACCUUCUCAUGGCAGCUUGAAGAACAGGAGCAAAUAGGAACUAAGACCUUUUCUAAAAAAAAUAGGAACUAAGAAGGCAUGUUCUUAGGUGUAUGUACACAGGAUGAUAGGCUUUUAGACUUUAGCAGAAUAUCAGAUUGUGCAAAUUGCAGAGAGAAACUGGAGAGUGCAUACUUAACAUGUAUAGGAUUCAGGAAUGCACUCAUAGUACACUGCACAUGGUUGGUAAAAUUAAAAGUCUGGUAUUGAAAAUAAUGGAGUGGCCAACGAAUUUGCGUGGCUAUAUUUGUUGUUAUUGAACUUAUUACAAUACAUCUUAUUAAUUGAAGGAUCA